AUGGCAAUAACUCAGUCUGUGACACCAGGCAGACAGUGCUCGGGGCCAUCACCACCACAAUUAGCUGACCUGGCAGAUUACCUUGGCCUAGCGACACCAGACAAACAGUGCUCGGGGCCAUCACCACCACAAUUAGCUGACCUGGCAGAUUACCUUGGCCUAGCGACACCAGGCAAACAGUGCUCGGGGCAAUCACCACCACAAUUAGCUGACCUGGCAGAUUACCUUGGCCUAGCGACACCAGGCAAACAGUGCUCGGGGCCAUCACCACCACAAUUAGCUGACCUGGCAGAUUACCUUGGCCUAGCGACACCAGGCAGACAGUGCUCGGGGCCAUCACCACCACAAUUAGCUGACCUGGCAGAUUACCUUGGCCUAGCGACACCAGACAAACAGUGCUCGGGGCCAUCACCACCACAAUUAGCUGACCUGGCAGAUUACCUUGGCCUAGCAACACCAGGCAAACAGUGCUCGGGGCCAUCACCACCACAAUUAGCUGACCUGGCAGAUUACCUUGGCCUAGCGACACCAGGCAAACAGUGCUCGGGGCCAUCACCACCACAAUUAGCUGACCUGGCAGAUUACCUUGGCCUAGCGACACCAGACAGACAGUGCUCGGGGCCAUCACCACCACAAUUAGCUGACCUGGCAGAUUACCUUGGCCUAGCGACACCAGGCAGACAGUGCUCGGGGCCAUCACCACCACAAUUAGCUGACCUGGCAGAUUGCCUUGGCCUAGCGACACCAGGCAAACAGUGCUCGGGGCCAUCACCACCACAAUUAGCUGACCUGGCAGAUUACCUUGGCCUAGCGACACCAGGCAAACAGUGCUCGGGGCCAUCACCACCACAAUUAGCUGACCUGGCAGAUUACCUUGGCCUAGCGACACCAGACAAACAGUGCUCGGGGCCAUCACCACCACAAUUAGCUGACCUGGCAGAUUACCUUGGCCUAGCGACACCAGGCAAACAGUGCUCGGGGCCAUCACCACCACAAUUAGCUGACCUGGCAGAUUACCUUGGCCUAGCGACACCAGACAAACAGUGCUCGGGGCCAUCACCACCACAAUUAGCUGACCUGGCAGAUUACCUUGGCCUAGCGACACCAGGCAAACAGUGCUCGGGGCCAUCACCACCACAAUUAGCUGACCUGGCAGAUUACCUUGGCCUAGCGACACCAGGCAGACAGUGCUCGGGGCCAUCACCACCACAAUUAGCUGACCUGGCAGAUUACCUUGGCCUAGCGACACCAGACAAACAGUGCUCGGGGCCAUCACCACCACAAUUAGCUGACCUGGCAGAUUACCUUGGCCUAGCGACACCGGGCAAACAGUGCUCGGGGCCAUCACCACCACAAUUAGCUGACCUGGCAGAUUACCUUGGCCUAGCGACACCGGGCAAACAGUGCUCGGGGCCAUCACCACCACAAUUAGCUGACCUGGCAGAUUACCUUGGCCUAGCGACACCAGGCAAACAGUGCUCGGGGCCAUCACCACCACAAUUAGCUGACCUGGCAGAUUACCUUGGCCUAGCGACACCAGGCAAACAGUGCUCGGGGCCAUCACCACCACAAUUAGCUGACCUGGCAGAUUACCUUGGCCUAGCGACACCAGGCAAACAGUGCUCGGGGCCAUCACCACCACAAUUAGCUGACCUGGCAGAUUACCUUGGCCUAGCGACACCAGGCAAACAGUGCUCGGGGCCAUCACCACCACAAUUAGCUGACCUGGCAGAUUACCUUGGCCUAGCAACACCAGACAAACAGUGCUCGGGGCCAUCACCACCACAAUUAGCUGACCUGGCAGAUAACUCAGUCUCUGACAGAUCCUGUGAAAAGGGGAACUGCAGCUCAUGA